GUGGAGGUCGCUGGAGUCCGAGCCGAGACAUUAAACUCCCCACGUGAUCACGCCCUCAAUCCAAGGCAACUUUCCGAGCUGCAAACCCACUUGCGCAAAUCGCAAAUGUGCUGCCUGGACCCAGCCCUGCGUGGUCGUCUCUAAUACCUAGCUCAGGCAGCCCCACCACAGCGAUGCUGCCCAGAAGCAUCCGUGCACGCCGUCUUGCGGUCCGUGAUCUGCUAAAUGUCACGGCGCGGUGUCGGGCCUCGGAAACAAGAGCCCCACUCGCCCGCCCGUCGAGCAAUGCUCUCGUACCCGCCAGGUGUGCAAGCACAGAAGCAACCCCAGAAGCAACCCCAAGCGCAGAGGCAGUCCUGGCAAGGGAGGCGUUGAAGGUCGGCGGACUUGGCAAACCGGAGGAAAGUUCACGGAGAGGCCUCAACAACUUCAGUAGGAGCGGUUCUGGCACCGCGGUGCCGGACAGCGUGCGGGCAGAUAUAGAUCAGUUCUUCGAUGGGCGUGGCAACAAUGCGACACAGAAGAAAUUAGAAGAUCCAUCUACGACCGCGAACUGGACAUCGCAGCAUUACACCCACUACCUCCAACGCAUAGUAGCGUCAACAACCAAGAACGCAGUCUGGGCGGACCAGAUUUGGACCCGGAUGAAAUCGACGGGCGUCCAGCCGAUGCCCGAGUUUCUCCUGACCCUUGCGCAAGUAUAUGCAGAUCAAGAUUCGUCACGACAGUCGCAGCGGGAGGCGGCUGAGAGUCAGCUGGAUAGUCUGCGGGAGAAGAGUGAGAAGGGGGCGGAGGGGACUGCAGGGCUCAUUCUGAGGACGGAGAAAAAGGUGCAGGAGCUGCUCGACCCGAGGCUGCUGGACCCGUUGGAGGAAGUGGUCGGGCUUGGGUUGAAGGAUUAUGAGAAGGAAAUCGGGGCUUCGCUAUUGACCCUCAUAUUCCGCGUACUCGGGAGGCGGCGUGAUGUUUCCCGCGUUGAGGAUUGGAUCAAGGUUGUCGGAAAUCUGUCCCUGAAGCCGCAGGCGGGGACGUACGCCGCGAUUAUCGAGGUCUAUGGUGCGACGGGCGACUUGUACCAAGCGCAGAAGUGGUAUGAGAACUUCACCAAAUCGAGCGUGAGCCGCAGGGAGGAGGGAUAUGUCGCGUUUGCCGCGGCUUUGACGGCGGCAGGUCGCUAUGCGGCGGCUCAAGACAUCUUGGAAAAUGUCGUCCCGAAGGCGGCGACAGUAAGCAUGGCAACGCGGUCCGCUUUGGCUCGCCUUUUCGUGCUCAGUGGCAACAUCGAGGGCGCCAAGCAGUUGCUGGACGAGAUAGGCAAAGACCACAGCUCAGGGAGGCAGCACGGACACCUCGUUAGCCAACUCUUGGAGCCCGCCGUGAAAGAGGGACAUCUGGAAAUCGCUGGGAAAAUCGUCGCUCUAUUGGAAAACGACCAUCUAGCCGUCCGUCGCCACGCUCAGCUCUUGUCAAACUAUGCCGUACUGUGUCUCCAGAAGGACGAUAUAGAGACGGGGCUCAAGGUGUUCCACAUGAUCUGUGCAGCCGCCUUCAAUCCUUCGCCGCCCUUUACGAGAGCGCUGGUGACUAGUCUCAAGGCAGCGAACCGGGAAGCUGAUAUUGUCGACCUAUUCGAGCGUGCUUUAGUUGCGUACGGCGACAAUCCGGCAUUGCAAGCUCGUCAAAGCCGGCACACUCUGGCAAUGGCCAUCACAAAGCUGCGGCACAGCGAUGUGCGUUUGCUGUUGAAAGUCCACCGUGUAGGAAUGGUAGACAGACACACCGCGUUGUACAGCCACUCCGCGCAAGCUCUCACCUACACCUAUGACGAAGCGGUCAGGCAGCAAAAGGAACCGAAGUUGUCCGUAACGGACUUUGAAACCCUGUUCCACGCCUUGUUCCAUAGUAGUUUCCGCAAUUACGAAUUUGGCAUCCGCUUGCUACGGUAUCUAGAUGACAUGAAGCGGCUCGGGAUUGCACCGAACCAGACAAUUUGCGAUAUGGGCGUAACCAGUUUGCCGCGGCGAACCCCUCCCAUGCCGGACUACGCCAUCAAAUGGAACCAGGCGAUGAGUGAACUGGGUCUGAACGCCCCAGAGGUAACCCCGGAACAAGCCCAAGCGGUGCUUAUGCCGCACGAGACGCAGCGCCUCGACAGUCAAAUCAAACAGCACCUCAGAGGAAACCGGAUCGACGAGGCGGUGGAGCUCAUGAAGUACCUGUACGAACGCAGCAAGGCGCCGCAACUCUCGACCAUCGCAGAGCUGCUCAAAGCCACUGCAAACGACCUCGGAUCCGCUGCAAAAGUCGUCGAGAUGACCCUAGAAUAUGCUUCCAAAUGCCAGGAGGGUACCCGCCACGCGUUCGAAGAUACCGUCGCGCAAACCAUCGCGCUCACCUUCAUGUCCAGGAACGGCCGCGUGAACCAGGUCAGCGCCAUCAUGGCUGAGAUGGCGACCAAGUUCGGCCGAAACCCUUACCAAGCCAAGCAUUUCACCCGUUUCUUCAACUACGCCGCCGCACAACAAACAUUAGGCGAAUCCGAAUGGGCCAACAUCGAAAAGGUGUUCGAGGAAUACAAAACCAUCGAGAAGACACUACACACCACCCUCGAGAAACAGUUCGCGGAGGAAGUCUACAUCGCCCUCGUGUCGAUGUACCAACGCGCGGGCAAACACACCCAAGUCGAACAGACCUUCGCGCAGCUUAAACGCCUCGGCCUGCCCCUCCGCGACACCGUAUACGCCGGGAUGAUCUCCCACUACUCCCGCAUCUCCAACGACCUCUCCGCCGCCGAACAGCUGUUUGAAGAAUACGUCGACGAGCAUUGGGAUAAAACACUGAGCUUGCCACCUUUCAGCGCCAUCGUUGAAGCAUACAGCGCCGCGGGUGACCUUCCUGAAGCCCUGCGCGUGAUGAAGCUGGCCGAAUCGAAAGGGCUGCAUAUGGCCGCCGACACAUUCGCGCUCAUCAUAUCCGGCCUCGCGCGGAAAGAAGGCACCACCCUCCCCGACCUCCUCGCUGUGAAAACCAUGAUGGUGCAGAAGAACCUGCCCCCCAAUGAAGAUGUGUUUGAGGCCCUGAUUGCGUUUGCGUGUCGGCACGGGGACCUGGACGCGGCGGACCAGCUGUACGAGGAGAUGACCCGUGUACGCCGGUUGGGCGUGUCGACGGGGACGUACGAGGUGCUUGUGGGCGCGUUCACCCAAGCGGGCAAAUCGGUGUCGGCGAUGAAGUUCAGGGCGGCGUUUGAUGCUACCAAGAGACGCCCGACAACACCCCUCGAAAACGCCGCGCUGACCCUCCUCCUCGCCCACCAAACCGCGGACGGCUACACGGCCGCCAAAGCAUACUACACCGCCAAAAUGCCGCCCCACCUGCGCAACACCGAGACCUUCACCCUCAUCAUCGACGCGGCGGUCAGGAACGCCGAUGUCGAGUUUGCAAGCGGGGUCUUGCACACGAUGCAGGGGUGGGCGGGCGUGCAGGCCGCGGACGUCGACAAGUGGAGGGAGGUUGUUGCGCGUGCGCGCGGUGCGUAGAUGAAGCGCGGUGAGGUGACACGCCCCCGCAGAUUCAUGUCGAUAUCAGACCCCGAUAUUGUGCCUCGGUGGAUGGCGGGGCUUUCUCAUCUCCCAUACAUUGAGGACGUAUUUAGAUUAGGCGAUUUUCUUCCCCGGUCUGGGGUUGUGAAUGAACCCCCCCCCCCCCAUUGCAUAUAUUUCCAUUUUCACUUCUUUUGCAUCAUGUAUUGGGGAUUCAUCGUUGGGAAAAAACUACGUACGUUGCUGCCACGGGAUCUUACGAGACGGGUAGGCAGGUUAUGCACACAUCGCGUCCAAAUCGAGAAAAGGCUACAGUACAUACGCCGCAUGGACUCCGCCCGGUUCCUCCAACCCUACCUAAAGACCUGCACCCUCCCCUCCCCACCCUUGACCCA